AAAAGUUUACCAUUGUUCACUCGCACUAGCUAGCCAUUAUUUGAAGAGUAAAGUCAUAUUAAGCUUGCGCGUAGUGAGUCAAAGUUAGCUUCUAAUCCAGAGAAAGAGUAAGAAAUGAGCAAAGUAACUUCGAGGAGAAUUCGCUCUUUUUUUAUUAAAGAUAUAUUAGAACACAGAAACUCACCGGCAAGAGAAAGUGAUGACAAUUUUUUGUCUGAACACCCACAGCUUAAAAAAAUAACCAAGCUAACAUCCUAUAGAAAUCUUCGCAUCAACCAUGAACCUUUUAUGGAAUCGUGCAAUACAGUUUUAGAGUGUUGUGACUUCCCAAUUUUGACUUGGUAUCAUUCAUACAAAAGUACUUCGAUGAAGACUACGCCAUUUUACUAUUCUUGUUUUUCUGCUGAUGGUAACUCAAAGCCAUUGAGAGAAACAAUGAAAAGCGUUGCUUAUAUGGAUGCACAAGUUUUGUAUUCACGAGUGAAGCAGCAAAAAUCGAAAAGACCAUGGACUCGAGCUGUUUUUUCUAACCUGCAAAGGAAAGGUCUUGAAAAACGCUUCCAAGUUCAGAAAUAUCUGAACAAAGUUGAUCGACACCAAUUGGCCUCAAUGUUGGGUCUUUCUGAUAACCAAGUCAAAGUUUGGUUUCAAAACAGAAGAAUGAAAUGGCGUCAAGAGGAGCACUCCGUUAAAGAAUCAGAGAGGUGUGAAAACUUCAAACAAAGAUCGUGAAUUAUCACUUAAAACAGCAGCUAGAGUUUAUUGAUAAAAGUCAAGAACAAAAACAAAUAUUAAGCAUCUUUUGCAAAAUAUGAUAUUUUUAGAGUAAAACUUUGUACAAAAGCAUAAAAGACUUCGUUGUAACCUAUUGAAACUCCUCAAUAUAAUGAUCUAGAAGAAAAAUCGAGUUAUUCUUUCGGGCAAUGCAGAAAUUCUCAGAAGUAGAGUAUGACUGAGAUAAAUUCUACAUUUGUGGGUUAUAUUUUGAUUAUAUUCUUUUAGUUCUCAAAUGAAUUAUCGUGAAGAGCAAGCUGCAAGGUAAACAUGUUUUUGAGAAACCCAAAUAUCCAAGAGUGUACAGUUUAUUUAUAGAGUCAUCAACCGUCCACCAGAUGUUGUCUCGCUAAUGCAGCUCAAGGCAACGAAUAAAUUUGACGUCUUGUUACAACAUGCUGUUCACGAGGGCUCUGCUAUUCACGUCUUACUUGAAUAUAAAGUAAUAAGCAUUUUUCUGAACAUAAAACUCAAUGAAACAUUGAAAUUUGGAACUGAAAAUCUCAUAUAAAAUUUAUCAUGAUAAAAAUAAUAUAUUAAGCUAAAAAUUUGAGGAAUGAAAACGCGGAUUUUAGCUAGAGUCAAUACAUGUCAACCACAGCGUUUAGACAUAUAUCAAAUUUUUUGAUUUAUAUGAACUUUCAUUGUUUACGUUUUAACUAGAACGUUUGUAGAAAUUUCCUAGUAAUUUGAAUAUGAUCAUGGUCUAAAACGGAA